GCCACUCUGUGCAUCUCGUGAUGUGCCACAGCUUAGUCAGGGCGAUCAUUGCAUAAUUUGGUAUAUACCUGAGGCAUCACGCCGAUAAGCCGCUUACACAAGAUUUCUCUUAUCGGCAGAGAUCAUGCCGAGGCAUCGAAAUAAUAACCGGUUUUUCCUGCGACACAGCAGAUUCAGUGUGGAAGUGGAAGAAGAAUGGAUAGUUGGUUGACAGACUGACCCGGAUACACUUUUUUUCAUUCUCGCCGUUCUUCUCUUCUCGUCUCACCUGUCUUGACCACAGCCCAUGUCUCUCACCGACCUCUUGCUCGAUUCAUCAAACUUCUGGCCAUUUGUCCUGUCCGGGUUGUUCGUGAUGGGCGCGCUGUCAUGGCUCCGGCCAAAGGGACGCAUCUCGUUUCACAAUGCAAAGGAUAAUGGUCUAAUCCUGACCAGAAAGGCAGGCAAAUCGGCCGGCAAGGAACAGGUUACACUCAUCGAUAUUUGCCGUGCCGCCACACCGACCCAUUGCGAUCUCAACCCACUCCUCUUCAAUGGUCAUCUGCAGACGGCUUGGACCGCGGUGAAGUACGACCCGGUUCCCGUGUACUACAAGCGACGGAUGUUCGAGGCGGACAGCCCGAUGUAUAGUGGACAUUUCGCGAUGGACUUUAUGGUGAAGCCUUACGAAGUGCCAACCGAGGGCCCGGAGACGGAUCCAGAGCGGAUACACACCCAACCGUCGGGUCUCCCGGAGCGGACAAGCUUUUUCUCUCCGGAUCAAUUGUCUGCGCUCCCCUCGGAUGAUACCCGGCCGAUGCUGGUCGCGCUCCACGGCUUGAGUGGCGGGUCACACGAAGUUUAUCUCCGCCAUGUAGUCGCGCCUCUAGUUGCCGACGGAACCUGGGAAGCGUGUGUGGUGAACUCUCGAGGCUGUGCACAGACUAAGAUCUCUACCGGUGUCCUUUACAAUGCGCGCGCGACUUGGGAUGUUCGGCAAGCCGUGAAGUGGCUCCGGAAGACCUUCCCGAACCGGCCCCUGUUCGGCAUCGGCUUCUCGCUUGGGGCCAACAUCCUGACCAAUGUAUGUUAUCCCCAUGAAGCCCAGCAGCGCGUUGAACACUCUAACAUACGUGCACAGUAUCUGGGCGAGGAAGGUGAUGCUUGUCAGUUGAAAGCGGCGGUCCUCUGUGCCAGCCCUUGGAAUCUAGACGUCAGCUCGUCGAAUCUGCAAAACACCGUGAUGGGCCUUAAUGUAUACAGCAAGGUCAUGGGGACGAGCAUGAAGGCGCUGUUCGAACAACAUGUCGAAGAGAUUUCCAAGAAUCCUCGCAUCGAUGUAGAGGCCGUGAGGAGUAUCACACAUUUGCAUGAGUUUGACCGGGCUCUGCAGUGCGCAGCGUGGGGCUACCCCACCGAGGGUGCGUACUAUCGCGACGCUUCAUCGAUCGACUCUCUGCAUGGCAUUAAGAUCCCUUUCUUCUGCAUUCAAGCGGAGGACGACCCGAUUGCCUCGUCUAAAGCCUUCCCCUACCAGGAGGUAACUCAGACGCCGUACGGUGUCAUGAUGACCACGUCUUGGGGUGGGCAUCUUGGAUGGUUUGAACUGGGAGGAGGACGGUGGUUUGUCAAGCCGGUCAACAAUUUCCUGAACAAAAUGGCCGAGGUGGACUGGGAGACACCUCUCAAGAUUCAAGACCCCGAAAAGGUCCCCUGCCACAUUGCCAGCCACGAGGGUCCCAACAAGGACGCCGACGUUUCCCCCAAACCGGACUUUGCGCCAAUGCGGCGCAAGCUCAAUUUGCAUAUUGUACAGUCGGAUUAAAGAUCCGUUGCUUUAGAUCGAUAAACAUACAGUUGGAUCUUGUUGAGAAGCCAACGAUGAUGUGAAAUGACUGUCAUGCAGGAUUUUUUGGGGAAAAGUAUAGACCUAAACAACGCCAGAACCCUAUCUAGAUACAUAGUUUCGCUAUAGACAAAGAUUACUUUUGAUUUUUGCAAUGUAGCCCGUCCC